UCAGAGUAGUUUUGAUUUGACUUGACUGAUUUGAUUUUUAACUCUGAUUUGCAGUUAAGCUCUUAGUUUGAAACAUUUUUUUGCAUAAAAAAUUCGAUAAAGGAAAUAACCCUACUUUAAUCACAUACGGAAGACCUUAAUAAUGCCGCGUAUCCCUAUAAUGCAUCAGGUGUACAUAGCGGACGGGUUCGCUGACGACUGUGAGGAGCUCAUACACCGCUGCUGCCGCGGGGACCACAUUAACUACCUGACAUUCUGCUCGCAUUACAAGGACAUGAACUUUGCCACGGCAUAUCAGCACAGAUCAACAAAUGCCGAAAUAGGCGAACUUUCUGAGGAACUGUUGCAAAUAGCCAAACACUACAUGGUUCGUGACACAAGCAACUUUGAGGAAUCAGUGGCCGGCUUAUUCAUCGUGUAUGCGUUGCUGAACCUACAGCCGUUCCCUCGCUUCGCCGCGCUCCGUAUCGUACAGGAAGACUUGCCCGCCAUCGCGCGUCUGGAGCGCGUGGCGCGCCGCGACAACCGCCUCGACGUGUUGUACGUGUUGGCGGGCGUGUUGGUCCGCGGGCCCGUGCAAUUCCACGUCGACGCUAAGCCGAGGGGCAUGGAGGCCGCGUACAGGAAUAAUUUGGAAGGUUUCUCUAACAUCGAUAGCCACGGCGUCCGUCCUAAAGGCGUAUAUGCGCGACAAAAUGAGGAGUUGGACCUUCUGAGGGACAUGAACAGCAUUUUCGAGCGCUACUCCAAGGCUAAGAGUCAAAUACCAGGAUUUCAGAGGCGAGACGAGCCUAGCCGUAACUUAGCCGUCGAGCUUAGCGACUCGCUCAAGAGGGUCAUUAAUGGCAUAACGGAUGAUCCAGAAGAAGGGAUUGCCGCCUCAGAUCACCACGACGCCGUACAGGAGAUCAAGAAGCGCGCCAUGUGUAACGCGGUGUCUACUGUGAGGUAUCUGGACUCCGCAGAGCAGAGGAAAAAAUCUCCUCAAAAAUCUGGCAAACAAGAAGGAAAAGGCGCAAAAAGGCGAAAAAAUAUGAUACUUUCACCAAAAACAAAAUCAAACACAAGCAGUUCAAAUGAUGAAGAUGACGAAUAUGAUAAAGACAUAGAAAUGCUAGCCAGAGACGUCAUGAGCCAAGCUAAUUUUAAAGACAUCAUCAAAGAAAGAGAAACAAAUAUAAAUAUAGAUUCUCUCCCGCGUUUACUUACUACAGAAAGCAAUGGAAAAGUCUACGAAAUUGAGAUUAUCGAUGAAAUGAAACAACCUACUUUACCUGAUUUAAAUGAAAAUGAUGGGAAAAUAGAGAUUGAAAUUAGUGGACAAAUGAAUCCGACUAAACAUUUAGAUAGUGAAAAUGAUGAGAAACUCGUUGAAAUUGAAGUUAAUAAUCCAAGUGAUACUUCAACUGAAUCUACAGCAAAUAACAGUAUAGAGAUUGCAGUUACAGAUAAAAAAGAACAAAUUAAAGACAAUAAUGAACCAAAAGGCAAAAACGAAGAUAAAAUAGAGAAACCAAAGAAAAAAGGUAGACCGAAGAAAAAUAAGAGAGGUUCGAAGAAGGAAGUGAAAUCACCAACUAAAAAGAGAAAUGAGAAAAGUCCAAAGAGUGAGGAAACAAAUGAGGAAGCAUUUUUCAAGCGACCUUUAAGGAUGUCUCCCAGACUAAAGACAGUGAUGAAAAGAGACCAGAAAAAACCUAUUUUGAAAUCGAAGUUUAAGAAGAUGGGAAUGUUAGAAGUAGCUAACUUUGGAGAGAAGAAGUAGUAAGAAGUAUUUUAAAAAGGUUCUUUAAUGCAUGUUUGAUUUUCAUGUUCUGCAAAGCAGUACAAGAAUCAAAAUAAAAUGUUUUGAGAUUUCACUGUGAUCGUUA